AGGAGUCGGCGCAAAUACUGCGCAACUUCGUUGUCCUCGAAGAUCCUGAUCUCCCUAGACUUGUCGCUGUGGGUGCAUGGUUCUUCAAUGAUGCGUGUAGGUCUACUACAUCUUAAUUAGAAAUAUAUUAUUCCUGUGUUAUUACAUUUCGCGACACGUUAUCAGAUGCAGAACACACUAGACAUGUCAGAGGAAGCUGAAUUUGACGAAGAAGAGGAGCCUUCGUUCAGCGAUACGGAGGACUUUGUGGAUGACAUCGAGGAUGAUGAGCUCCUAGCGGACGUUCUUCGAGAGAAGCCGUUGGAAGCGGACGGCAUCGACUCGGUGGUGGUCGUGGACAACGUUCCCCAGGUGGGCCCCGAGAGACUGGAGAAGCUCAAGAACGUCAUCCACAAAAUCUUCUCCAAGUUUGGCAAGAUCACCAAUGAAUUCUACCCUGAAGGAGAGGGGGGUUCAACAAAAGGGUACAUUUUUCUAGAAUAUUCCUCUCCAAACCACGCCAUGGAAGCUGUUAAAAACGCAGAUGGCUACAAGCUCGACAAACAGCACACAUUCAGAGUCAACCUCUUCACAGACUUUGACAAGUACAUGAAUAUCAGUGAUGAGUGGGAAACACCAGAGAAACAGCCGUUCAAAGACUUUGGUAACAUGCGGCACUGGAUCGAGGAUCAGGACUGCCGGGACCAGUACAGCGUCAUCUUCGAGUCGGGGGAGAGGACGGCCAUAUUCGCCAACGACGCUAAAGAGCCAAUCGUCGUGGAGGAGAGAGCGCGCUGGACAGAGACGUACGUGCGCUGGUCACCCAAAGGCACGUACCUGGCCACCUUCCACCAGCGGGGCAUCGCCCUGUGGGGCGGGGAGAAGUUCAAGCAGAUCCAGAGGUUCAGCCACCAGGGGGUGUCCCUCAUCGACUUCUCACCCUGCGAAAGGUACGUGGUGACGUUCAGUCCCCUGAUGGACACCAAGGAGGACCCCCAGGCCAUCAUCAUCUGGGACAUCCUGACGGGCCAGAAGAAGAGGGGCUUCCACUGCGAGAGCUCCGCACACUGGCCCAUCUUCAAAUGGAGUCAGGAUGGGAAGUUCUUCGCCAGGAUGACACAAGACACACUCAGUAUCUACGAGACGCCGUCUAUGGGCCUCUUGGAUAAAAAGAGUCUAAAGAUCAGUGGAAUUAAGGACUUCUCGUGGUCGCCGGGUGACAACAUCAUAGCGUUCUGGGUUCCGGAGGACAAGGACAUUCCGGCGCGCGUGACGCUGAUGCAGCUUCCGUCGCGGCAGGAGAUCCGCGUCAGGAACCUCUUCAACGUAGUGGACUGCAAGCUGCACUGGCAGCGCAACGGGGACUACCUGUGUGUCAAGGUGGACCGCACACCUAAGGGAACACAGGGUGUUGUGACAAAUUUCGAGAUCUUCCGCAUGAGGGAAAAACAGGUGCCAGUAGACGUGGUGGAGAUGAAAGAGAGCAUCAUAGCGUUCGCCUGGGAGCCCAACGGCAGCAAGUUCGCAGUGCUUCACGGGGAGUCGCCCCGCAUCAACGCCUCGUUCUACCACGUCAAGAACAACGGCAAAAUCGAACUCAUCAAGAUGUUUGAUAAGCAGCAGGCCAACAGCAUCUUCUGGAGUCCACAGGGACAGUUCCUGGUGCUGGCUGGACUAAGGAGUAUGAAUGGUGCUCUGGCGUUCGUGGACACGUCAGACUGCACCAUGAUGAACAUUGCGGAGCACUACAUGGCAUCGGACGUGGAGUGGGACCCCACGGGGAGGCACAUCGUCACCUCAGUCUCGUGGUGGAGCCACAAGGUGGACAACGCCUACUGGCUGUGGACCUUCCAAGGCCGUCUGCUGCAGAAGAACAACAAGGACCGCUUCUGCCAGCUGCUGUGGAGGCCGCGGCCCCCUACUCUCCUGAGUGCCGAUGAAAUAAAGCUGAUCAAGAAGGACCUGAAGAAAUACUCCAAGAUCUUCGAGCAGAAGGACAGACUCAGCCAGUCCAAGGCCUCCAAGGAACUGGUGGACAAGCGGCGCCUGAUGAUGGAGGAGUACCGCAGCUACAGAGAACAGGCCGCGCAGGCAUACACAGAACAGAGGGAACUAAGGCUACAGCUACGAGGAGGUGUAGACACAGACGAGUUGGACAGUAACGUGGAGGACUGGGAGGAGGAGACCAUCGAGUUUUUCAUAAACGAAGAGAUCAUUCCUUUGGGAGACCUGGAGUAGGCCUAUUUGUAAACAAUGCAAAUAAAGCCAGCUCUGACAUGGUACACAGGUUUUACCCUAUUACUAGGUGAAGGACAUGUUUUAAAGAAGAAGAAAAUGAAGGGAAAAAAAGAGCAAAGGAUUAAAGGGUUAAAAAAAAGAAUAAAAAGAAUACAACUCAUUGUUGAGUAGGUUGUGUGGCUACAAAAAAACUGCCCACGGCUGUAUUUGGAAAUAAAACUUUUAAAUUAAUUCA